AAUGGUAAUCCUUAAAUAGAUAGAUACCAUUUAAAUACGAUAUUACUUUGCAUUUGCACAGAAAUCCUGAGAUCAGCGAACGAAGUUUGCAUCGUCUCCCUAGCAACCGUCCGCCAUAUUUUGUAAUCAACAGCCAACGCUGACAGGAAACAAUCACGAUGUCUGACGCCGAGGGAGAAGAUGUUAUGGAAGAAACUGAGGCUGAGGAUACAGAGGAGCCCGCGACUGGUGGUGAGGAGGGCGAGGAACAAGUAGGGGAGGAGGAAGGCGAGGAGGAACAGCAGGAGGAAGAACAAGAACCAGAGGAGGAAGAAGAGAAAGUUCCAGAAGUGGCGUUAACAGAUGAGAUGAUGCCGGAAUGUUUAUCCUUACUUUGUAAAACUGGGGACGGACUGGCACAUGCUUAUGUGAAACUAGAUAUAAAGGAAAGGGAACUUACGAACAUCAGCUUGUUGAAAACAUUUAUUCAUCUUCGAUAUGUGGAUGUUAGUAAAAAUAACUUGAAAGACAUUUCACCCUUAAGUGCCCUUACACACAUGCUGACAUUGAAGGCAGAUGAAAAUAUGCUGACCAGCGCAAAACUGGAAGAAAUGCCUUUUUUGCAAGUAGCAUCUUUCAACAGUAACAAAAUCACAUCAACAGAAGGCGUGAACCAUCCCAUGUUAGAACACCUCUCUAUGAACAACAAUGAGAUCACAAAGGUUUCUGGCCUUGAUGCACAGAAACUCUGCAGACUUCAUUCCCUCGAACUGCGAGGAAAUAAACUCACCACAACAGACGGCAUUGGACUGCCCAACUUGAAAAAUCUCUUCUUGGGAGCAAACAUGAUCAAGCAGCUUGAAGGCUUGGAGCAGCUUACCGGGAUGACGACGUGUCACCUCCGAGAAAACCAGCUCACCCAGCUGGAUGGUUUCUCUGAGGAGAACAAAAUGCUGCAGUACAUCAAUAUGAGGGGAAAUAACCUGACAGAUGUGAAGGAGGUAAAGAAACUCGCAGUUAUUCCCCUUUUGAGAGCUCUGGUCCUCUCAGAAAACCCAGCAGCUGAAGAGGAUGAUUAUCGUGUGGAGGUUCUCAUUGCCCUCCGCAAACUGGAACGCCUCGACAAGGAGGAAUACACAGAGGAUGAGCGGAACGAUGCGGAGGAGAUGGCUGAGGCUCGAAAACUGGAGGAGGCUAGUGCAGAGCUUAAGGGCUUAGCUGCUGUGCAUGCGGGGCCGACAAGAUAUCACAUAAGUUUCCGCGACGAAGAUUCGGAAAGUCAUGAAAAUGGUAGCAAUAACGGAGAUGGAGGAGAAUGAAGAUAAUGCAGACAGUGAUCUGGAGUGAAUCCCCAAACUUCACAUACACAAUUUUAUAUUGUUAUUUAAUAACAAGGCAGUAUUUAUUCUAUAUAUUUUGAACUCGAAUGAAAAAACAUUUUAAUGAGGAAAGUGAAUUUACCAGUAUUUAUAUAACCAGAUGUUUUUUUGAAGAGGACCUUGAUUAAACCUGCCCUUUUUCAUUAACUCAGCUCAUAUUCAACUGUAAGUCUUCCUGUACUUGUAGUUUAAUAGUUACAAAAUUCAAUCCAAACAAUAAUUAAUAUUUGGUAUGUCCAGGGCAAAAAAAACUAAAGAAACUGUGAUAAGAUAUUUUAUUGUUUUUGUAAUUUUAUGCAAACAUGAAAAAUGU